AUGAACGCCUGGGUGAGAAGUGCGCACCUCAGCAAUAUGGAGGGUGAGCCCCCGAGGAGAGAUCUUAAGGAAACAAGAGGUGCAGGUUGGAUCUGUCCUGUGAGGAUCUCCACCUCAAACUCUCAGGAGGUAUUGAGGCGGCAGAAUCUCGCAUGGAUUCAAUGGUGCGAGGGCCUGGGAACAAAAGACCCAGGGAGGACCUCCGU